AUGUCCAAGAACUGGUACGUGCGGGAGCUCCUCCCUACUCAGACUAUUAUGCGAUCCGUGCUUCUCUCUGUGUACGCGAACCCAAGAUCAGACGCGUCAGCAAGAUUACCGGACUUCGUCUUCACGAUAGAUGAGGUCUUCCUAGCAGAAUGCGACGGGUAUGCGGUCUUGCUCGCAAUGAUGGACUGGCUACUCUUGCUGCUGUUCUGUGCCUGGUCGCAAGCAUACUAUGAUGCUGGCUCGCUGACUCACUACGGCCUGCACGAUGGAGCUGGCUCAUACGCGCCUCUCAGCGAGCUGCUUGAACCUACCCAGGCCAUAGCAUGGAAUCCAACGUCCCUGGAAACGGCGCUUGCAUCAAUUACCGAAGCACCCGAGGGCCAUCACGAGAUCUUCUAUAGCAUCUACUACACCGACAAGCAGAAGGGCCUCAAGAUAGGAAAGGGAGUCUUCAAGCGCGGUGUGUUUGCAGAAGACCCUCCAAUCUUCCCAACAUGCAAAGACUGCGAUGCAGCGAGCAGGUGCACCAACAGUCCCACAGCAUUUACUUCGACGGUAAGCACGACUCCAGCGCGCGUGUACGCAGAAAGUGACCAAGGCUUUACAGGGUGUCUUCGGACCUCAAGAUUCAGUCAUCUACUGCCUCCCAUCGACAUACACUGGCGUUCUAUCGAAUGA